CUUAAACAAAAUGGCGUCAUGUUCACAGAACGCGAUGUAGAUCUAUGUUUCACAACGUUUCACGAUGUGUAAUUAGGUAAAGAAAACCUUGUCAAAAGAUGAUGAUGAUUUGUCACCUCCCAAAAAGAAGCUCAGAACUAGCUCCAUAACUGAAGCUGAACCUUCUUACAUUGGGGACCAAAGGAUCUGGUCUCAGCAUAUUGGUGAACUGUUUGUACACCUGGAAUUGUCACCAAUAUCUGAUAGAGUACUUUGCUUUACCAUUGAGAAAACUUGGAUUAUGAGGAUUAUGAAACUGCCAGAAAGUACAACAAGAGAGCUUUGGACACAUCAAAUGUGGAAACUCAAAGUGAAGGAGAGUCCAAAAAGCGCAAACAGCUAGUACCCUCAAGAUUUCUGAGUGACACGGAAAUUGACAGUGAAGGUGAAUGUGUGCCCUCUCCUCCUAAAAAACAUCAGUUACGUCAAUGUUAAACACCGGUGAAAAAAACUGGGACCACUACACCAUCCAAUGCUGAUGAAUCCUCACCAUCUCCUGUGCAAGAAUAUGUCAGUGGAAGGACCCCAAGACAGUUGAUUGCCAUUCCUGUUGGAAGAUCACCUUUGAUUACUGUUAAGAAGGACAAACCACCUAACAAUGCCCUUUCAAAGUCUCUUCCUAUUCAAGGUAAAAACGUCUCCCCUCCUGGCAAAUCAAGACCUAAUUGUAAAUUAACGCCUUUAUGGAAAAAUGGAACAUACACAGCAUCAAGAGAAUCACCAUCUCCGGUAAACCCUGGUACAAUGUACACACCCAUCACAGUGAGGACACAAUUGCUUACGCUACGCAGAUCACCACGGUCAAAAACUGUUGAGCAAAGACAUCCAAGCAAUGCUCCAUCAAAUUCUCCUCCAAUUCCAGCUGCUGCCAAUGAACUAACAGAUACCACAAACCUGCCUGAUUUGUUUCAGCAAGUUAUUUCUAAACUUAAUCUCCUGCAACAAGAUGUUGCGGCCAUAAAAUCGCAUCUUAUAGUAACAGUGGAUACACACUAUGGAACUGUGGAAACAUUGCUACCGCAGGGAGAAAAACUCAAUAGCAGCAGAGAGGUGGAGGAGUUCCAAGAAAAUCUGGAUGACUCUUCCCAGAAAAAGCUGGCAAGUACAAGGGUUGAUCCAAAAAUUAUUGCAUUGACUUCCCUGCAAGGUGGAAGCAAUGCAGGAGAAAUUACAAGGGUCAUUAUGAGGUCCAUCAUGACUAACAACUGUAUGAGCCAGUUUAGUGGAUGUGGACAAAAGGGGAAGCGUGCUUUUAUUGGCACCCAGCUGUACAAAAUAGUCUUGUCUGCUGCGCGCAAGGCAUCUAAAAAGUCCAUUCCAUUUGAAACAAUAAAACGAGAAGUUUUAGAUGUGUUGAGGUUGCUCCCAACAAACCUGGAGGAACCAACUAUGUUAAAAAAAAGGAGACGGACGACCAAGAGUUGAUGAUUUUCCGGAGGAAUCGGAUUGAGAAUAACUGAACAUUAUUAUGGCAUAUUAUACCCUACUCAUCAAGUUUACUUCUUGUGUGAUUUUUAGACUCUUUUUAAACAAAAUAUGUCGACCAUUUCAUUUGCAUGCAGUUAGUGUGCAGUUUUGAAACGUAACUUUUAAAAUGUUGCAUAUAAUGUAGGUCUUUUUUAAUAUACAUUUAUUAUACCCCCACUCUGAAGGAGAGGGGGUAUACUGUUUUACCCCUGUCUGUCUGUCCGUGUGAGUGAUCAUUCUGUCUGUAACAAAUUUUCUGUCACAUUUUUCUCAGCAACUAUUAAUCACAGACUUUUCACACAUUGUUUAGCAAGGUCUGCCGUAUUGGUUUUAAUUUCCUGUCAAAUUAUGACUGUUAGUUUUAAGACUUAAAUUUUCGACAAAAUUUUCAUUCUAGAAGUCUGAAAUUGUUACAUUCUUUAUCUAGGCAUGCCUUAUAGUGGAAUUUAUUUUCAAACAAAUCCGACUCCAAUUGACUUUGAAUUUUUGUGUAUUUACACCAAAGCGGGGGCACUGCUAGUAAGCAUUGGCUCACAGAUCACUUGUUUUUAGACAUUUUUUGAUAUAUUCAUGAAUUAACAGUUUGUAAAAGCAUGUCCCCUAAACCUCAUAAGAAAUUUGAGAAGGACACAAUGUUCAGAUGAAGUAAAAAAAAAUGUGCAAAUCAUUUUUUGUGUUAAUUAUGUAAUGCUGUGCAAUGUUGGAUAUGUCAAUUAAACAACUUUUGUUAUUUCUUUUA